GAGAGAUGUUAAAUAUUCAUCUUUAAAUAAGAUCUGUAUGGUUAAAUGCAGUUCUUACUCACCUGAGGCUGUAAGGACACGUUAUGUUGCAUUAUGUAGAUUUUAGACUGCCUUUUGUUGUAUAGAUUGUAGUCCAGGUUGAUUGCUAAAAGAUGUGGGUUUGGUUUUUUUUUUUUCUUAUCACUUCUGUUUGCAAAAAGUAAGCGUUUUUUAAUGGACUGUUAAACUACCCUUUUCCAUGAUAGACACAUUUCAUUAUUGGGGAUGCCUUUGGUUCUCUAGUAUCUCACCUUUUAACCAUUAGCUUAUAGCUGAGCUAAAACUACUUAAAACUCACCUGUAUUAUCUGCUCUCGCUUCCAGAAAAUAAGCUUAAAUGAAGACUACACUUUUGGAGGGAGGAAGGGUCUGUGGUGUGAUGCUUGUGGCACCUUAGUUCCCAACCAGGGAUCAAAUCCCAGGCCCAUAGCAUUGAAUUUGCUGCUGGACUGCCAUGGAAUUCCCCAAGGAUGCAACCUCUUGAGUAUUAGAAAAAAUAGUUCUUGAGCUGGGAGUCUGACAGAGCUGUCCUUAAAAUUGCAAAAAUGUCUUGAGUAGCCUGCUGAUGUUCAAGUUACAAGUCACUAUAUUAUGUAAUUGUUAUAUGAAAAAUAGUAAUCAUAAUUGGUGUUAAGAGGCUUGCACAUCUAUGAAAAUUAGAUCAUCCAAUGUACCAGCACUCCACACCACCAAGUUGCAAGGAUACAACAAGAAAUAAGCUACAUCCUCUUGAGAAAUGUGAUUUUAUAUAUAAGAAUAGUUAAAUUUUUUUUUUUUUUUUUUUGGCUGUACCCUGUGGCAUGUGGGAUCUUAGCUUCCUGACCAGGAAUGGAACCCACACUCCCAGCAUUGUAAGGCUGAGUCUUAACCACUUGACUCCUGAGGAAGUCCCUAUUCUAAUUUUUUUUUAAUGAAAUUUUAAGAAAAAAGGUUAAUCAAAAUACUCAACAUGAAUACAGGUACAUGUUCUUACUUUUGAACACAAUAAAAUGUCCCCUUAAAGCACUGCUUUUCUGGUCUUAAAUGUCUAAAAUGGAACUGCCCUAUUCUGAUUAUCUUUCAGUCAUGAAUAGCUUGAAGUUUAGGAGGAUAUAAACACUAAAUGAAACUGUUAGUCACUCAGUCGUGGGAACCCCAUCGACUAUGGCUUGCCAGGGUACUCUGUCUAUGGAAUUAUCCAGGAAAGAAUACUGGAGUGGGUUACCAUUUCCUUCUCCAGAGGCUCUUCCCGACCCAGAGAUCCAACAUGGGUCUCUCCGGUAUUGCAGGCAAGUUCUCUACCAUCUGAACCACCAGGGAAACCCAAAAAUACUAAACACCUGUUCUCAUAGGACAGGAAGUUUUAGCUUUUCUCAGUAAGACCACUGGACCAGUCCUAUAACAUUUUAUUAAAACCUUUCUCUAUUGGCUCAAAGGCACAAGAGAAUCUCCGGUUGUGUUUGGCAUGAGAAGUAAUUUCUUUUCUAACUUAGCUUCUCUUGGCCGUCCAGAAAUUGUUUACUUAACAUUUUAAUCUAUUUACAUCAGUUUUAAAAGACGUAUAUUUUACACCGAAGCAUUGAAACAUACACAUCCCAUGGAGAGUGGAUUUGGCCAUCAGUUCUGGGGAGGGAUGGGUCUCCACCUUCUAAUACCUCCCUCCCCUACCUGUGGUCUGAAAUGAGUGGCCCUAAGUAAACCCCAGGCCUGUUAGUUGUAUUUUUCCACCGACUGGGAGCUCACUUAGCUACAGCCAGAAUAUUCAAGUGCCUUAAGUAUGCCGUUUGUUAAUUGCUGCAGUCCCCACUGGCAAGUGACUUGGAGACCUAGUGUACCCCGCUUUCUGAGCCCACUGCUUUCAUCUGCAGUCGGCCCUCACCUGUCUCCGCAGCGCUCAGCGCCUCACUCAGCGACUGCAGACCUAGGCAGGGUCAGGAGAGGGUUGGCUCAGAGUUUUCAGGCUCCAGUAAAGCACCUAAGGGCCAGACCCCGGAUGGUUUGGAAUGUCGUAGGCCUGAGGCAGACUCAGUCCACGGAGAGGUGACCAGGGCGACCCCUCCCGUCUACCAAUGAAAAAUCUGACGUAGGACCUACACCUCACCUUGGGAAGUGCAGUUCGAAUCGCCGUGGCCUUUGGUGCAUUCAGUAUAUGUUGGGUGUAAAACCGAGUGUUUUUCUUCCCCAAACUAAAAAAAAAAAAACAGUGCUAGCUCAUCGUCACCGCUCCUUGCCAACAUGAUUGACUUAAUGGGUAAAUUGUCACUACAUAAGCUGAUCACUGCAGAAAAAUACCGACUAUCCACGGGUAGUUUGGAACCAGCAGUAUCUUAGAAACUACAGUAACUCCUACCACGGAUGGAUUUAAAUUUUUAACACUUGACAGGAAACUACAUUUCCACGUGAAAGGCCUUUCUUUGGUCUUAUAUUCAGGGGCUGUAGACCUCAAUAUUUUGUGUUCUAUGUUUUUGGUUGUCUCAAAACGCAGACGGAGAAGAUUCCAUUGCACCUUGGGGUAUCAGACAGGGUUAACUGCCCAACAGCUCCUACACGUGCUCAGAGCAAGGGAAAGAAGGGGGAAAUAAAAAAAGGGAAACUGCCAGGACUUAAUAUGUCUGCUCAAAAUCUCUUGGCUCUUCCAGGCAGGGCCUACCCGCUUCCAAAAUGUCCGCCCGCAGUCCUGACGUCACUCAGUCGGCUAGAUCAAGCCAGAAAGCCAUGGCGCUCCAAUCAGGGCUCAGCUCCCUCACCCACUGCCCUUGAUUAGCGUCACUUCCGGUGGUGCAGCAGCCAUUUUGUCAGUCGCCAGCGGAUACCGCGCGCUGGAGAAGUGCAGUUCCUCCUGGUUACCAACUCGUCCGUUCUCCCUCUGCGCUGCGGGCGCCGUCGAAGAGCACUCACUGUAGACACAACUGGUCCUUCCCAUAGUACCGCCGCUGCUGUUGCAUCCGCCCGGGGCUAGUGCGCUGUCUUCCUUCCCUGCCACUGACAGGCGCCUUCAGGGAGCCGCCGUCAGCGAUGUCAAGCGAAGAAAGCUACCAGGCCAUCCUGCGCUACCUGACGAACGAGUGCGAGCCGUACGCGCCAGGCACCGAGGGCAAUGUCAAGCGUAAAAUCCGCAAGGCGGCCGCUUGCUACGUGGUGCGGGACGGGACCUUGUACUACCAGCGGCGGCAACGGCACCGCAAGACGUUCGCCGAGCUGGAGGUAGUGCUGCAGCCGGAGCGGCGCCGGGGUCUCAUCGAGGCUGCGCACCUGGGCCCAGGCGGCACUCACCACACCCAGCAUCAGACCUGGCACGACUUGUCCAAGACGUAUUGGUGGCGAGGUAUAUUAAAGCAAGUCAAAGAUUACAUUAAACAAUGUAGCAAAUGCCAGGAGAAACUAGAUCGGUCGCGUCCUAUAUCGGAUACUUCAGAAAUGCUGGAAGAAUUGGGACUAGAUCUUGAAUCUGGGGAAGAAAGUAAUGAAUCAGAGGAUGACCUGAGCAACUUUACUUCGCCUCCAACUACAGCAUCCAAGCCUGCGAAAAAGAAACCAGUAUCCAAACAUGAACUUGUGUUUGUUGACACCAGAGGAGUGGUGAAACGUUCUUCUCCAAAACAUUGUCAGGCUGUCUUAAAACAGCUGAAUGAACAGAGGCUCUCUAACCAGUUCUGUGAUGUUACUUUGUUAAUUGAAGGAGAAGAGUACAAAGCUCAUAAAUCUGUUCUGUCAGCUAAUAGUGAAUAUUUUCGAGAUCUUUUUAUUGAGAAAGGAGCUGUUUCCAGUCACGAGGCAGUGGUGGAUCUUUCUGGUUUUUGUAAGGCUAGUUUCCUUCCUUUACUGGAAUUUGCCUAUACUUCUGUGCUAAGUUUUGACUUCUGUAGCAUGGCUGAUGUAGCCAUCUUGGCUCGUCAUCUUUUUAUGUCAGAAGUUUUAGAAAUCUGUGAAAGUGUGCAUAAACUAAUGGAAGAGAAGCAGCUAACAGUGUAUAAGAAGGGUGAAGUACAAACAGUUGCAUCUACACAGGACUUACAAGAACAAAGUGGAGGUACAGCACCUCCCGUGGCUAACAACACGGGAACCACAACAACUUUAUCCACUGAACUUGGGGAUUGUGAGAUCGUACUACUGAUGAAUGGAGAAUUGCCAGAGCAGAAUGGAGAGCUGGGACAACAACCUGGGCCCCAGGUUUCUUCACAGGCUGAAGCCACCGCGUCACCUGUGGGCUGUGUAACUGAUUCCCAUCCUGAAAUGGAGUCUGUUGAUUUAGUAACAAAAAACAACCAGACAGAACUGAAAACUUUAAACAGCAGAGAAGAUAGCACAGUUUCUAGUACUCAUCCUAAGCCUUCACAAGAGAAUGUAAUCAGUAGCUCUCCAGGAAACACUGAUAUGGGAAAUGAUACAGCAGCUGAGGAUAUCUGUGCUGAAGACAUUUCAGAGCAUAGGCAGGACCUUGACCCGUCCUCGAAAGAUGAGGAAAAUCUAGCUGAACCGACAGCACUGAUGGACCAUAGCCCCGAUGAUGAUACUUACAGAAGCAGACUUCGGCAGCGUUCUGUUAAUGAAGGGGGAUAUAUCCGACUACACAAAGGAAUGGAGAAGAAGCUGCAGAAACGGAAAGCUAUUCCCAAGUCAGCAGUUCAACAGGUGGCUCAGAAAUUAGUUCAAAGAGGAAAAAAGAUGAAACAGCCGAAAAGGGAUGCUAAAGAGAAUACAGAAGAAGAAGCAUCCCAUAAAUGUGGGGAAUGUGGAAUGGUUUUUCAGAGACGAUAUGCCCUUAUAAAGCACAUACUGAAACAUGAAAGAGCUAGAGAUUACAAGUGUCCAUUGUGUAAGAAACAGUUUCAGUACAGUGCCUCCUUGCGAGCCCACCUUAUUCGACAUACCAGGAAAGAUGCACCUACUUCGUCCUCUUCCAGUUCCGCAUCGAAUGAGGCACCAGGGUCAACGUCUGAGAAGGGCAGAACCAAACGAGAAUUUAUAUGUUCCAUAUGUGGAAGGACAUUGCCUAAAUUAUAUUCUCUUCGAAUACAUAUGUUAAAGCACACAGGUGUAAAACCACAUGCAUGCCAGGUCUGUGGAAAGACUUUCAUCUACAAACACGGUCUAAAAUUACACCAGAGUCUCCAUCAAUCACAGAAGCAGUUCCAGUGUGAACUAUGUGUGAAGUCAUUUGUUACCAAAAGGAGUCUUCAAGAACAUAUGAGUAUUCACACAGGAGAGUCCAAGUACCUUUGCUCAGUUUGUGGAAAGUCUUUUCAUAGAGGCUCUGGGCUUAGCAAGCACCUAAAGAAACACCAACCAAAGCCUGAGGUUCGAGGCUAUCAUUGUACUCAAUGUGAGAAAAGUUUCUUUGAAGCUAGAGACCUUCGCCAGCACAUGAACAAACAUCUUGGUGUGAAGCCAUUCCAGUGCCAAUUUUGUGAUAAAUGCUAUAGUUGGAAGAAAGACUGGUAUUCCCAUGUGAAAUCUCAUUCUGUCACUGAGCCGUACAGGUGUAAUAUAUGUGGCAAAGAAUUUUACGAAAAAGCAUUGUUCAGAAGGCAUGUAAAGAAAGCUACCCAUGGAAAAAAAGGACGAGCAAAGCAAAACCUGGAACGGGUGUGUGAACAAUGUGGAAGAAAAUUCACUCAGCUGAGAGAGUAUAGAAGACACAUGAACAACCAUGGAGGAGUUAAGCCAUUUGAGUGCUUAACAUGUGGAGUUGCUUGGGCUGAUGCCCGAUCUCUGAAACGCCACGUCAGAACACAUACAGGUGAACGGCCUUAUGUUUGUCCUGUGUGUAGUGAAGCCUACAUAGAUGCUAGAACACUCCGUAAACAUAUGACUAAAUUCCACAGAGAUUAUGUGCCUUGCAAGAUCAUGCUGGAAAAAGAUACCCUUCAGUUUCAUAACCAGGGAACUCAAGUGGAGCAUGCUGUUAGCAUCUUAACAGCAGAUAUGCAGGAACAAGAAAACAGUGGUCCUCAAGAACUUGAAACUGUGGUAGUGACGGGAGAAACUAUGGAAGCUCUUGAAGCUGUUGCAGCGACUGAAGAAUGUCCGUCAGUAUCUACACUCUCUGACCAAAGUAUUAUGCAAGUGGUUAAUUAUGUGUUGGCACAGCAGCAAGGACAGAAGCUCUCUGAAGUCGCAGAAGCUAUUCAAACUGUUGAAGUAGAGGUGGCACAUAUUUCAGAAACAGAAUGAAUGUAGUAAUAGAGAUAAAAAGAAGCGACGUCUCAUGUAUAUUGAACUCACAGAACAUUUGUUUACAAUACUGUAUGACUAUCUGCCUGGAGUUUGUAUGUACAGGCUCUGGGCUAUUUGGUGGUGUUUUAACAUACAACGAUUUGUCUAGCUAAUGGUUCUGUAGAAAAGUCCAUUUACUGUAAACAAAUUGAAAACAAAUCUAUUUGGUGGCAGUGGAUUAUCAUGGUAUACUUCUUACGAAUUAAUGUUUAAAAAAGAACUGUACUAAAUUAAAAACCGUACAGUUUUAUUUGCAUUUUGACUUGAUUAUAUAUACUUUGAAUUUAAAAGGCUGUACUAAUUGGCUUUCUCUUUUAUUUUCAAAAUAUAGAGGUUCUGUGAUUUCAUUUGCCCUGUUUAUGGGUUAAAAAUUCUAAUACAAAACAUUUUAGUAGGAUGCAUAGGUAUGUUACAUUUUUUUAAAUGCUUCACAUCUGUGAUUCUUGACUUACUAUUUAUUUUAUCCCUUUAUAAAGUCAGGUAUUCUUUAUUCUGUUGUAAAGCACUUAAUGAGUUACAUGUUGUAAUCAAGUUUGCACAGUGUACUUAAUCUGUAUGGGGAACCCUUAAAUGAAUAGCUAAUUUUUCAAAUGCAAUUCAAAUGCAUGAAAUGCCUAUUAAGCCUUACUAUGCUAACCUUCAAGGCAAGUAAAUUGACCAUGAGCAAAGAACACUGUUAAUAAUCUCUGUUGAUGGGAAAUUUCUCCUUGAUAACAAGAAAAUAAAUGGGGGGGUAAAAGGUUAAAACUAGGUUUGGUUGUUUGCAGCUUUUGUAUCAUGUUUAAUUGUUCAAUUUUGUUAAAAAACUGCAGUUUAGAAAUAGGAUAGCAAUAUAGAUAUCUACAGCAGUCCUGUGGAUACCAUAUGAUUGUCAAGUAAUUUCAGAAUAUUGAAAAUUCUUCAGUUCAACCCUCAUUAUAGUAUACUACUUAAAGGAAUUGAUUAUGGCCCACCAAAUUGUUAAAAGUAAAUUCUUUUUAAAAGUUGCCUGAAAACUUAAUUUGUGUGUUUGAUUUUUAAAUUCCCACCUCUGUAAGCUAUCUAAUUUUCUAAUUUUUCAAAAUAACCAUGGGGAGAUAUCACAUUUCUCUCCUGGGAUACUACCACUCAAGUUAUAAUUGUUAAAAUUAAACUUCUAAGUAUUAGAAUAAACUAAUAUAAGGUGUAAAAUUAAGAUAUAAGCAAAUCACAUGUAAAUCAUUCCUAAAGCACAAGAAAAGAAUGUGCCUUGAUGUAUAUAUAUUAUUAAAAUGCUUAUUCCAGUUUACUUUAAGUGGCUUAAAAGAAAAAUAAAUGUGAUGCCAUGCAUGUGCUAUACCUGCAUAUGUAAUAUUUGCAUUUGCACAUUUCCCAUUGUUUCGGUAGCUGUGUGGCUGACUUUGAAUUUUAAGUGGAUUGACAUAACAGUCUACAGCUUUAUAAUGGCUGCUUGUUUAAUCGUAUGUUUCAGUUAGUGAAAAUGUAUUUCAAUCUAAAAUUUGGAAUUGUCUUUAUGUUCCAUUGUCACCACUGUUAUUAGAUUUAGUUAAUUGGGUAAGACCAUUAAUGUAUGUCAUAAAUAUGUAAAUAAAAGAUGUUGAAUCUUGUUUAAAGCAUAA